AAAGCUAUACAGGAGGUGACAAUAGGGGAAGCUAUACAAGAGGUGACAAUAGGGGAAGCUAUACAGGAGGUGACAAUAGGGGAAGCUAUACAGGAGGUGACAAUAGGGGAAGCUAUACAGGAGGUGACAAUAGGGGAAGCUAUACAGGAGGUGACAAUAGGGAAAGCUAUACAGGAGGUGACAAUAGGGGAAGCUAUACAGGAGGUGACAAUAGGGGAAGCUAUACAGGAGGUGACAAUAGGGGAAGCUAUACAGGAGGUGACAAUAGGGAAAGGUAUACAGGAGGUGACAAUAGGGGAAGCUAUACAGGAGGUGACAAUAGGGGAAGCUAUACAGGAGGUGACAAUAGGGAAAGCUAUACAGGAGGUGACAAUAGGGAAAGCUAUACAGGAGGUGACAAUAGGGGAAGCUAUACAGGAGGUGACAAUAGGGAAAGCUAUACAGGAGGUGACAAUAGGGGAAGCUAUACAGGAGGUGACAAUAGGGGAAGCUAUACAGGAGGUGACAAUAGGGGAAGCUAUACAGGAGGUGACAAUAGGGGAAGCUAUACAAGAGGUGACAAUAGGGAAAGCUAUACAGGAGGUGACAAUAGGGAAAGCUAUACAAGAGGUGACAAUAGGGGAAGCUAUACAAGAGGUGACAAUAGGGAAAGCUAUACAGGAGCACAGAAUACUUGCAUAUAACACACUGUACAAUGUAAGUGAUUUAGGACCUAGCAGUUAG